UGCCGUGCCGUGCCGGCGGUCGUAGUAGUCUCGUAACGGGACCCACGCACGCACUGAGACGAUCUUUCGGCCAGCACGGUGUGUCUGUGUGUGUUUGCGCGCGCGCUCCGGUGUCUACGCCGGUCGUAACACGCGCGACCCGUCGGCCACUUACGGGGUAGACUCACUUUCGGUUUCGUCCUGUGCUAACAUAUAACAGGGGACCGACCGACCAAGUGUGGACAGCGUCUGUGUCGCUAGUCUUCCCAUCCAGUUCAAAGCCAUCCCGAGCUCCCGAUCUUCCCCGAGAAACCUCUUGCGAUGCAACUGCGGCCGGCAUCGCGCGACCUGACCUGCAGACACGAAGUGCCGCAGUUCGUGGUUGUCACCGUUGCCGUCGUCUGAAUUCGUCGAGGGUCCUCGUUUUCCUGUUUUUUUUUUUCUUUUUCGGUGCGUCCGCGCGCUCACCGGGCGUGUGUGUGCGCGCCAGCGCCGGUUAUUUGGAUUGUCACGACGACGACGCGGUCGCCGAUCGUCAGAUGACGCCUGAAGGACAGCGCUGCCGCGAUGCUACGAGCCCGGGCCCCGAGCGCAGUGGAUACGAGCCCCCGCGUCGACCGACGGCCAGGAAACCCAAGGGUGUUCGAUGGCGAUUAGCAGAAACGAGCGGCGCCACUCCUAUUCUUCCAGUCCUAGUAUUCACAUUUUCAGUCAUUUCACUCGCCAAAGGUCUGAAGAUCAGCCCAAAGUCAUGCGAGAACGCCAUCAGCGAACGGGGUACGUGCAUGUUCGUGUGGGAGUGCAUCAAACUGGACGGAAAGCACCUGGGUACGUGCACGGACGGCUUCCUAUACGGUUCCUGCUGCCAGUACGAUGACAGCGAGAACAGCGUCGCGGGGGGCCUGGCGCCCGAGCCGCCUACUUCGUCCACGACGACGUCCACAGCACCACCACCAUCGUCACCGCCGCAGCCGCAGAAGCAGCGCCCCAAGCCGCCGCCGCCGCACGCCAAACCGCCACCAGGCAAGCCCGGCGCGACCACGAGCUUAUACAGCAUCUCUGUUCCCGGCUAUCCGCAGAGAAAUUUUACGCUUAUCUAUCUGACGCCCACUUCGCCCACGCCUACCACGACCAAGAGGCCCUCGACGACCAGGAGAACGUACAGGCCUUCGGCUAGGCCGAGCACGACGUCCCCGUCGUCUACGCGGAGACCGGUGAUGACGAGCACGACGACACAAGCGCCCAGCAGCACUCCGACGGUGGCCAGCGUAGUGGUCACGGCGACCCGGUGGCCGCCGACGUUCCGGCCUCCUGGCAUCACCACCUUCUGGUCGCUGUUCAGGCCGCGGCCGACCCUGGUGCCCAUCAUCACGUUUCGACCGAGCCGCCGGCCGCCGACAAGGCCUCCGACGACCACUCGGAGGACUACGACGAAAACGAGCACGACGACUACGACGACGACCAAGAGACCAGGCCGGCCUCCGGGUCCGCAGCGGCCGCAGCGGCCGCAACACGGCACGCACGGCCGGCCGACGACGACGACUCGCAGGCCACCCGCUACGCCAGCGGCGCACACUGGCAGCGCGUCGACGCCUGUGGGUUCCAAGAGACCGGUGCCACCGAGCCAGCUGCUGAACAAGAGGCCCAAAGGCGAGUGUGGGAUUCCGUCCAUCGUGCCGCAAACCAAGGUCGUUGGAGGAAAGAGCGCGGCAUUCGGAGCAUGGCCAUGGCAGGUUUCUGUACGAAGGACGUCUUUCUUUGGAUUUUCAAGCACUCAUCGAUGUGGAGGCGCCAUCCUGAACAAGUACUGGAUCGCCACGGCUGGGCAUUGCGUGGAUGACCUGCUGCUGAGCCAGAUCCGGAUCCGUGUGGGCGAAUACGACUUCUCGAGCGUGCUCGAGCCAUACCCGUACGCCGAACGCAGCGCGAAGAAGAAGGUGGUGCACCCUAAGUACAACUUCUUCACCUACGAGAACGACCUGGCGCUGGUCAAGGUGGACGAGCCCUUCGAGUUCAUGCCUCACAUCGCGCCCAUCUGCCUGCCACCUGACGACGAGUCCGGUGACCUGAUUGGCCGAAACGCCACCGUAACGGGAUGGGGACGCCUGAGCGAAGGUGGAGUACUGCCGUCCGUGCUACAAGAGGUCAAGGUGCCCAUUGUGAGCAACGAAAAGUGCAAGAACAUGUUCCUGGCAGCUGGAAGGCACGAAUACAUACCCAACAUCUUCAUGUGCGCUGGCUUCGAGGAAGGCGGCAGGGACUCUUGCCAGGCGAACUCCGGAGGUCCACUCCAGAUACAAGCCAAGGAUGGUCGAUGGUUUCUGGCAGGCAUCAUAUCGUGGGGUAUUGGAUGCGCCGAGCCCAACCUGCCUGGCGUCUGCACCCGGAUAUCGCGGUUCAAGGACUGGAUCAUCAAGAGCACCACUUGACCCAGCCCAACACGCAGUCGUGGUCAUCUCGCAGUCUCACUGCAUCACCCAUCGCCUUCCACGUGGAAGCGACUGCUUUGUCGCGCACCGUGGGACAAGGUCUGACAUCAUCCCCGAUCUGCAGCGCGUUGAAUGGACAAGUUUACGUUGUGCAGAGACACGCGCUCUUCUAGUUUGUUCCACGUCACCCAAGAGGCGUUGUUGACCAGACCGUCCUAUACAAGUCAGAACGCAAUGCACCGCGUGCCUUGUUUUUUGUGUCGUUACAUUACGCAGAUCACUUGCGAUGACUUUAGUGAAUGGCUCUGUGAAGUGUGUGGCAGCGUGUGCGAUGCUGCGGAGAAAAACUGCUUCGCUUUUGUAUUAAUUUUGCAAAACACACUUGUCCAUGUGCUGUGACAUGCAGAGCUAUUCCACGAUGACGCUCCAAGCCUCACCCAUGCUGUCGGAUACGCACAAAGCUGUAAGUAAUACGCUCGCGAAUUGUCUUGUAAAGUUAAGCAACAAACAGCAUAAGUACUGAACCUAAUAUAAUAAAGCAAGUAUGC